AACACCCGUCUCUUCCAGCGCCGCCUCCCUCCUCCGCCCUCCCGCGCCGCCGCCGCUGCAGCAACUGCCACCUGCGCCGCAAGCAGCCGGCGGACCGCAGCCAUGGCAGAUUCGAAGGCCGCCGCGGCGGUGACCCUCCGCACGCGCAAGUUCAUGACCAACCGCCUCCUCUCCCGCAAGCAGUUCGUGCUCGAGGUCAUCCACCCCGGCCGCGCCAACGUCUCCAAGGCGGAGCUGAAGGAGAGGCUGGCGAAGGUGUACGAGGUGAAGGACCCCAACUGCAUCUUCGUCUUCAAGUUCCGCACCCACUUCGGAGGCGGCAAGUCCACCGGCUUCGGUCUCAUCUACGACAACCUCGAGGCGGCCAAGAAGUUCGAGCCCAAGUAUCGUCUCAUCAGGAAUGGUCUUGCUACCAAGGUAGAGAAGUCACGAAAGCAGAUGAAGGAACGGAAGAACAGGGCAAAGAAGAUCCGUGGUGUGAAGAAGACAAAGGCUGGAGAUGCCAAGAAGAAAUAAGGGAAAAGAUACUCGCCUUGCCGUCUUAAUCUUAUCUGCCUCCGGUUUGUUUGUUUGGGACGGUGUCCUUUUGGCAAUGCUGAAUGUUUAAUUAGACCUAGGAAGGAUUUUGCCAGAAUUAUGAAUGUUGAGGCACUCGUAGUACUUUGUGGUCAGUUUUGAGGAACAUUGUCAGACACUCGCAUAUAUACUUGAUUGUCAUGGCUCUUGUUCUGCUAUCUUCAUUUUGA